AUGCCCCGCAAACUUCAGCUGUAUCGCGCCGCCUUCUGCACUGGCGCCGUCCUGGCAGCGGCCGACGUUGCUAUCUUUGCCCUGUGCGCGGAGAGGACCGAGCGAUACUACGACGCGAACCGGGACGACCGCUUGCGCCGUCUUGCGGGCUUCAAGAGGGCGAAGGACUUCAUCUUCCCCCUAGUAGCAGGUGCCGCGGCGCUCGUCUACUUUGUCAGCCACAUCGUCCUGCAGCGCGUUAGGCCGCGCAGCGGGUUCCUGUACACCUUGACCGACGCCGUAUGGUGUGUGGUGUUGGGCGUACUUGUCAUGUGGUCUGGCUUCGAUAAGACGCUCAGCGGAGUCGACGCCGGCCUCUCAAACGGCCUCGUGGUCGGCGCGAUCGUCGUCACCGUGUUGGUUUGGCUCGCCCUCUUCACCGUCAGCGUGCUCGGCUGUCUUGCGAUGCGCGGGCAGGUCAAGGGGGGCAGAGUAUCGUCCCGGGAGGCGUGGUUCAUGAGCGUCGCGGACCUUGCGCGCGGCGAGCAGCUCAACGAGGCUGAGUUCACUGGCAAGGCCUAA